UAUCAGUUCACCUGUCUGCUGGGAUUUUAGAGGUGACAGAAACUUGCUAUAAGGAUUAACCUGGAUUGUGUUUUGUGGUGCAAUAAUCAAAGGGCAUACUGCUAAAAGGACAUAGCCAUGGAGUGGAGGAUUAUAGUACCUGUACUUUGUCUCAUUGGAAUCCUACUUGUACCAGGAAAUGCUGAUCAGAACAUUACCGAUAGCAGCAACAGUACUUCUGGAAAUCUAACUACAAAUCAGCCUGCACCUUCAAUUCAAAAUGCAACAACGAAUCUAACUGCAUCUACAAAUCAGCCUGCACCUUCAAAUCAAAAUGCAACAACGAAUCUAACUGCAUCUACAAAUCAGCCUGCACCUUCAAAUCAAAAUGCAACAACGAAUCUAACUGCAUCUACAAAUCAGCCUGCACCUUCAAAUCAAAAUGCAACAACGAAUCUAACUGCAUCUACAAAUCAGCCUGCACCUUCAAAUCAAAAUGCAACAACGAAUCUAACUGCAUCUACAAAUCAGCCUGCACCUUCAAAUCAAAAUGCAACUGCAAAUCAAAAUGCAACUGCAAAUCAAACUGCAUCUACAAAUCAGACUCCAAAUACAACUUCAAGUUUUAAUCAAACUACGACUCCAGCAACAACAGUCUCUACACCAGCUGCAACAGUCUCUUCCGCUCCUAAUACUGCAUCACUUAACUUAGUGUUCAGACUUACUCAAACCUUCAAGCCAGUGUUCUCCGAUCUGAAUGCUCCCGAGACCAAACAGUUGAUACUUGACAUCACCAACACGUUUACUCCAAUUUACAAGAAACGUUUUCCAAACUUAAACCGCAUGAUCAUUCAGGGCUUAAGGAAUGGCUCCGUUGUGACUGAUUCUGUGCUUGAGUUUAACACCACAGCCGGCACUGCUCCUAAUGUGACAGACGUGAAAGACACCUUUAUUUCAGCAGUUAAUUCUGGAAAUUUGAAUUUUACAGUUGAUAACACAUCCGUGAGCGUUGCUGAUAUCAAACCAACCAGUGCUCCGACAACAGUCUCUACUACAAAUCAGCCUGCAUCUACAAAUCAAAAUGCAACUGCAAAUCAAACUGCAUCUACAAAUCAGCCUGGAUCUACAAAUCAAAAUGCAACUGCAAAUCAAACUGCAUCUACAAAUCAGCCUGGAUCUACAAAUCAAAAUGCAACUGCAAAUCAAACUGCAUCUACAAAUCAGACUCCAAAUACAACUUCAAGUUUUAAUCAAACUACGACUCCAGCAACAACAGUCUCUACACCAGCUGCAACAGUCUCUUCCGCUCCUAAUACUGCAUCACUUAACUUAGUGUUCAGACUUACUCAAACCUUCAAGCCAGUGUUCUCCGAUCUGAAUGCUCCCGAGACCAAACAGUUGAUACUUGACAUCACCAACACGUUUACUCCAAUUUACAAGAAACGUUUUACAAACUUUCUCCGCAUGAUUAUUCGGAGCUUCAGGAAUGGCUCCGUUGUGACUGAUUCUGUGCUUGAGUUUAACACCACAGCCGGCACUACUCCUAAUGUGACAGACGUGAAAGACACCUUUAUUUCAGCAGUUAAUUCUGGGAAUUUGAAUUUUACAGUUGAUAACACAUCCGUCAGCGUUGCCGAUAUCACACCAACCAGUGCUCCGACAACAGUCUCUACGACAGCAGACAGCGGUCGUUCUGAGUUCAAUAUGACCUUUAAAAUGAAUGAGGUCUUCACCAAUGAACUAUCAAAUAUCAGCUCUCCUCAAGCCGUAACUCUGGCAAAGAAUAUCACUACUCAGUUUGAUGGAGUUUUAAAGAAACGUUUUUCAAACUAUGUUGACAUGAAAAUUUGGCGAUUCAGGAGUGGCUCUGUUAUUGUAGAUUCUCUAUUGGGAUUUAACAAAACUAGCACAGCUCCUACAGCGACAGAACUGGUUAACACAAUCCUUGAAAGUGCUAGAAAUGGGUCAUUCACAUUCACAGUCAGUUCACUAUCUGUUACAGACUCAACAGGAAACACUGUUAACAGGUCUCCGGUCCUGGCUAGUAUGCUGACUGCUUUGUGGAUGACGCUAGCAUCACUAGUGGUGUCAGCUGUGAUGCACUAAACACACAAAAUGAACGUGGCAUCUCUGAUCUUUUCACAUUCAGAAUCAGAAAGUCACAAAGCAAGACAAUCCAAGUUAUGAUCUAGCUGUGAUAUUUACUAGUCUUUUCUUGGUAUUUUGGUUUCUUUUGUUUACAAAAAGCAUGUUGUUUAUGUGUACGCUGAGUGGGAGAAAGAAUGAGGAUUGGUUCAUUGGAACCAAAUCUGAACAUUUCUUUAUGACACAGGAAUGGCAUAAGUGAAAGUUACCUAUAGAGCUAUUAUGUUGUAAUUCAAAAUUGAGAUUGUUUUGCUCUUCUGAAAAUGGAUUGAACCAUAAACUAUUAUUAUUUACCUACGUGUUAAUUAGAUUCUGAAGAUGUGAAAUCUAUGUAUUUAAUCUUUAAGUAAAUUGAAAAUGUUCUGCUAAAUGUUCUCUAUUAUGUUUUAUGAAGUAUAUAUUUAAUAAAAUGGUGGAAUCCUG